AUGUCUUCGCUGGACCUUAGUUGGCUUCCGUCCGAUGCCGACGAACAGUUGGCGUUGGGGUUCAGAAUCAUAUCAAAUGCGUACAAGACCCGCGUUACAUCGCUUGAGGCGGAAAUCAGGACAGUACGCGCUGCGGUCGCCGAGAAGUCCGAACACCUUGCAGCAUUCCAGAAGAAGUACAGCAGCCUUGAGGUGCAAUUGAUUGAGUGCACUCAGCGUGGCAACCAACUGGCUGAGGAGAACCGCAAUCUGGUGUCUCAAAUCAAGAAGCUGCAGCGUGACAUCAACAGGCUCGAGACCCUGAAGCGCGCCGUGCUUCAUUCGAUCCAGGAGGAUGGACCUGAUGUUGAAACUGACCACCGCUACUACAAUGCAGAUGAUUUGCUACACAGUGCUGCGCCCCGUACGAUGAUAGAACUCUCUGGCGCUGAUACCGUAGAGUCUGCUUUCAUCAAGAGGUUCGCCGGCAAGCCUAAUUUCAAUGGCACCACUAGCACCACCCCAGCAACAAACAUGAACUACAACAACGAAAAGGGGACUGUGGACGGAAGGAACUUCCUGAACGUGGCGCGCGCCACUCUCAGCUCAGAUGAUCUGAACGGCGUCUUGGCGAUUAUUAAGAAGUUCAAUGCGCAGCUGCUAUCGAAGGAAAACGCGCUGGCGAGCGCACGCCAGCUCCUGGGGGACAACAACGCCAAGCUGUACGAGGAAUUCAAGCAGCUUUUCUGUGUGUGA